AUGGAGCUGCGUGCAAAGCGCUUGCAGAGGAAGAGAAUUCAGCUGGAGCAGGAGGUGGAGCAUCUCACCCCAAAGCAGAGUGGAGGGGUCUGGGGAGACCUGCUCUGGUUUGCUUUGCAGUCCUGGCAGGUCUGGGCUGCUGCUGGGCUCCUCGUCCUUCUCUUGGGAUUGUAUUUUUUCUGGAGGAAAAGGAGCAAUGAGGCAGAGAACAGUAGUGAGGAAGACGAAGAACAUGUUUCUGACAAUGAUCUGAAAUGGCUUCUAGAUGAGCACAUCCAGUGGCCAGUGCAGGACCUGCAGAGAGGCUGCGAGCGGACAAUAGACUUGAUGGACAAUUAUACGGGUUUUUUUGGCCACGUCUUGGCAAAUAGUUUCUACCCAGUCCUGGAACGAGCCAUCGGGGUGGGCAGUGCCUUUGAAGGCUGGAGUCCCCGUGAGCAGGAUGUCGUCUACCGCGUGCUCAUACCCAUGGAACCUCCCCGAGGCCACAGCUUCCACCUGGAGCUGGACAGUGCAGGGCAGAGGCAGGUGAGGAACUUCCGUGUCCGCGUGCAGCUGGAGUGCACCUGCAGGAGGAAGCAGCAGGCUGGGGACAUGCUGUGCUUCCUGCAUCACCCCAAAGAGGAGCUGAGGAGGAAUCAGGAUCCCAGCCUCCUAGACACCCUGUGCACCGGCUCCUACCUUGACGUGCACAAAACGGCCCGCUGGUUCCGGCAACUGGUGAAAGCAGUCUGGCCAGCUUUGCCUCAGUCACACAACUGGCAUUUAGUGCUGCUGCCCUCCACACGCUCCUGCCAAUUCAAAGUGAUGAACAGAGAAGCAAGCGUCAGGAUUGAGAUGCUGUUCGGGGUGCGGAGAGGUGACUCUGACAUCUUUGUGAGUAGCCAGCCAGGAUAUGCUGGAACCCCAAGCACUCUGUGGACGGAGACCUAUGAUGUGGCAGAGAUGAAGUUUUUCAAGCACAUUGCCAGGCGGGCCCCCCCUGACAGCUUGCAUCUCAAAUGCCUGCAGCUCUUCUCCCAUCUUCAGCUGGGCACAGGCUUUUCCACCUAUACAAUGAAGACCAUUGUCAUGCACCUCCUGAACACCAUUCCCGUGUCACGAUGGCGAAGGAGGCAUUUUUUGCGGCGCCUGGGAGAUAUCAAUGUAAAGCUGCGCUGCUGCCUGGAGGAGAAAUGCCUUAACCACUUUAUCAUAGGCAACAAGAGAUUGCCUCAGGAGAUCCGCUUGCCUCUGGACAUUGCAUCAGCUGAACCACCCAAUCUCUUCCAUCAUCUGGCAUGGUAUCCAGCUGCCCACUCCCAGGCAAUGAGCGAGUACCAGGAUCUUCAGCAUCGGCUCGCAAGUGUGCUGCUCAAUGGCUGCUGA